AUGCUUUUCUCACCGGAAGCAGGAGUCUCUUUAAUGCUGCUGAUCUCCAGACCACACUCUGAGUAUCAAGGCAUUAAGCCUUUUGCCCUAGCACCUGCCAAAACCAUCUCCCGUGUUCCCUACAGCCACCCUGGCCGGUUAACCAACAUCCGUGGUAUAGUUUCUUCUUGCAGCCUUAACUAUGGAGGAGUUUGCCUGGCCUCAGAUGCCCAGUUCAGUGACUUCCUGGGAAGCAUGGGGCCAGCACAGUUUGUGGGCCGCCAGACCCUGGCUACCACACCCAUGGGGGAUGUGGAGAUUGGCUUGCAGGAGCGGAACGGGCAGCUGGAAGUGGACAUCAUCCAGGCUCGGGGACUGACGGCCAAGCCAGGCUCCAAGACGCUGCCAGCUGCCUAUAUCAAGGCCUAUCUACUGGAGAAUGGCGUCUGCAUUGCCAAGAAGAAGACCAAAGUGGCCCGUAAGUCACUGGACCCGCUGUACAACCAGGUGCUUCUGUUUCCUGAGAGUCCCCAGGGCAAAGUCCUGCAGGUGAUCGUGUGGGGAAACUAUGGGCGCAUGGAGCGGAAACAGUUCAUGGGUGUGGCCCGAGUGCUGCUGGAGGAACUGGACUUGACCACCCUGGCUGUGGGCUGGUACAAGCUUUUCCCCACCUCCUCCAUGGUGGACCCAGCCACAGGUCCCCUGCUCCGGCAGGCAUCCCAACUGUCCCUGGAGAGCACCGUGGGGCCCUGUGGCGAGCGAUCUUAAUACCAGGGAUGGGGAGGGGCUCCCCCCCCAGAGAUGGCCUGGAGACCACCCAGCCCUGACCUGGGACCCCAGGCCCAGGGGCACAUUGGACAUUGGAGGAUGGGGUUCUUCCCCACAACGGGGAAGCAGAAUGGGGAGACCUGCCCCCCUUGGGCCCCUCCUCACUCCUUCACCUCCUACCCCUGAGACCUUCCCUCUCCCAGUGGGUUGGCUACAGUUUUGACUUGGUCGGUUUUGACCUGGUGGAUGCGGCUACAGUCGGAGACUGAGGUGGCGGAGCAAACCACUGACCUUCCCUACCCCACCCCACCCCACCUUUCCCCCUUUUGCCUCCUUGGAAGCUCGCUGCCUAGAGCCAAGUCCAGAACCAAGCCGGCCAUCUCCAUGGUGCCAAUUACCAGCAAGUGUCUUUCCUGCGGCACCGGGUUCAGGCAGCUACUCCUGCCCCAGAGCUGUCGGGGCAGUUUGCAAGGAUCCGGAGCCAGCUCCCGGGGACCCAGAGCGCCCCCGCUUGAAGGGGAGUUUGGGUCUCCCUCUGCCUGCCCGUGGAAGGAGCUUUGCCGCAGCCUGUCUGAGUCCCAUCCACCCAUCCCCUCCUGCCUGCCCCUCUGCCAUAAGCUCUAGGAGUUGGGGCCCAGCAGAGACCCAAGGAAAGGAGGAGGCACCAGAGGCCUGGCACAGUUCCCCAGGGGCCCUUGCACCCCUGGAAUUGCAACAAGCUGGUCUGGAACUCUUGGUGGACUGGAAAGGGCUUUGUCAUCCGGGUUGGUGGAGGACUGUGGGGAUCUGAGUUUCCAGAUCUCUGCACACAGGGAGCACCUCUAACGUGUGUGGGGGUGGGUGGGUAGUGGGAGUGGAGCAUCGAAGAAAGCUGGGAUUAAGCCUAGUGGCGCCACCGAGGUAAGGGUUUCUCAAACAGGAGAACCCCUCCUUGUCGGAUGAAAUCAAAGGUCAUCUUGUUAUCCCUCUGCCUCUGGGCCAGGGUCUUAGGGAGGCAUUAGAGCCCCUCCCAUUUUAGUCUUUUUAAAUAAACCAUCCUGUACUGAAGGGCGGAAGGCACUGCCCAGCCUCAUCACCUUAGCUCAAGGAG